CAGGUGCUCUAUAUUACUCCCAAUCAGCACCAGAGCAAAGUUGUCGAAAUCAACAAAUGAGAAUCGCAACUCCAGUCAAUUGAGUUUCGUACGUACGCCUUGAAGGGUAGCGUUUUUAAAAUAAAUGGUUAAUAGUUACUAAAUAUAAUCUCAAAAAUGGAUGUCUUUCUAAUGAUUAGGCGAAAAAAAUUAACCAUCUUCACGGACGCUAAAGAUACGACAACGGUACUGGAAUUAAAGAAAAUGAUUGAAGGCAUCUUAAAGACUCCUCCCCCGAGUCAGAUGCUGUUCAACAAGGACAGCCAGCUCAUGGAAGACGAGAAGACCCUGGCGGAGUAUGGACUCACCUCGGCCACAGCUAAAGCUCAGUGCCCGGCACCCAUCGGACUUGCUCUAAGAAAGGAAAGCGGCGAAUUCGAAGCUCUGGAUCUGACCCCGUAUUCAUCGCCCCCGGAUCUGCCCGACGUCAUGAAGUCACAGGAAGCCAACGGACAGGAGCAGAUGGACCAGCACUAGGCCGCCGGAGCGCCGCGCCCGCGCCGCGCCGCGCCGCGCCGACACCGCAUACGACACACACUUGUUUUGUUAAUCAUUUAUUGAUUUGUGCUCGAUUUUAACUAUUCUGUUGCUACACGUUUGUUUGUAGUAUUUUUGUGAUGCUUUGUAACGGAAGACGUUUUACACGGUGCGGGACGAGUGCGCUGGGAGCCUCCACGCGCGCCGAGGGUCUCAUCUCGACACUUUAUCGUAUUGUAUCCAUUGUAUAUUUUGCGGAUUUGUGCGUGGAAGUUUCCAGCGAAUAUAUUAGAACAUGAUUUUCAUUCGUAACGGCUUUUGGUGAAAUAUUCGCGUGAUGCUGUAAUUUAAAUGCAUAUAAUAUCGGUCGGCAUAUAACAGUAAUAAUGUUAUACCCAGUUAUUAUCACGCGAUAUUCGCCCGAGACCUAGGCCAUGACAUCUUUUAAAUCUUUAAGUGUCUCCGAGGAUAACAUUCGAGCCUCUCAUAGUUGCACUGAACGAUACUUUUAGUACCUAAACGCUGCGACUUGUUACGGUAGCUUGCUCAGUAGGGCGGGGCCUGCCGACAACUUAUUUUCAUAACUUCCUAUAAAUUACUUUUGCCUCCAUGGCUAUACAUUUAUUGUAUUGUUUCGCUCAAUUUCUAAACGUUACUUCGAAAUGAAAGGAUUUUGUCUUAACUGAAAAAUUCAAUUUAUUAUUUCAAUGUGAAAAAUUCUUACAUUUGAAAUCGCACUUUUGUGAUCUUGUUUUUUUUUGUUUAGACCAGGCAGUUAAUGACUGUUUUUAAAUGCGCUUUUUAUAUACUACUUUUUAUUUCCUCGCAAUAAAUCCUAGCAAAAAUAAGUAGUUUAAACUUAACGAGUUUUUUAUCCAUUUAUUAAAAGGGGUAGGGGUAAUAUCUACUGGAUUUAUUAGAGGGGUCUUUGUGACGUAAUGUUACAGUCUGACAUAAAUUAGCAAGGUGGAUUUGUGGGCGUUUUUUAUCGCGUUUCAACGGAAGAUAACUACUAACUGAAUAAUAAUUAUUUCGAUGAACUAAUUUGGGCGAUACUGAGAUGUGAAUUUGUAUCGCUAUUGUUUUUUUACUAUUUUAGUACUUACAAAAUAUAACUGAUAAUGUUUUUUGGCUCGCGUUUAACAAACUUAUCAGUAUUCCAUCAUUAUUUAUUAAUUAAUACGUUUGUGUUUUUUUUCUAUUUGAACGAACAACGAGCGGCUCGCCUCACUAGAGUCACUCGCCUAACUCCUCUGUUGCUUGUAUCUGUCUCUGUCGCAUCACGUCGGGGGCGCACACCCCUUCUCUACUAAAAAAAUAGACCUAUUUUAGGAUAUUGACGUCUUACAUGCCUUUUACGUGAAGUAAUAAUCAAUAAUCAUCCGUGGUCUUAAAAAGUGCGCACCCGACACUAGCGCCAACGACGCUGCGCCACUGUUGGACGCUGAAAUGAGUUGAUUUAUGUUCUUAGCGUAGGAUUUAAUGAUUUGUGAUACAAAACGACGUUAUACGAAUUGUUAAUGCAUUUCUUGAAAUUCAAAUAGUUGAAGAGUCGCUCGGUUUGAUAGUAUGAAAACUAAUGAACUUUGAAAAUACUGUACCUAAUUCGGACAAAUAAAUGUAAAAUGUUCUGUGUUUCCAUACUACAUGCACAGUGCUUCGACUGAUUGUAAAACUUUAUUUUUGUACCUAUACAUAUUUCUUAAGAUUUAUAAUUUCCUGUAUAUUAAGUUGCACGACAGAUAUAACCAACAGAUCAUUGUACAUCUUUUUUUAUAAAAAUAUUUAACUAGCAUAGAAUCAAAUAGUUAUAGCUGAUACUUGUAAUAGGGAGUAAAUAGGAGCUUUUCACCACCGGGCUACUGCGCCCUCUAUUGUGAUUUAAUAAUAACUAAUGGCCGUCGCCCGAGGCCGAGGGUCGCGUCCCGAGUCCCGACGGAUCGCUACUUACUUUUGUAACGGGAACUCCGGCACCCAUGGCAUGUGUCCCGAGUCGGUCAAUUCAGGUGCAUAGCUCGCUAAUGCGGCCACGGCGCCCACGGCCAACGGCCGGCGACGCUACUUCAGAUCUAAUCCAAGUUAGAAUAGUUGGGUAUUAAACGAUAUUGCACUUUAUUGUACUAUAACAUAGGAUAAAUAAUCAAACCAUCCUUCAACAUAGCCACUAAGGACAAAUGUCUUCAUACAAAAAUAUGGUGUAACGUGAUAACAUGUACACAUGUAGGGGAGUCUAGGGCAGAAGCCAUGCCGCGGGGCACCGCAGACAGCUCUGUGUGAGUCAUGUGUUGUGCGGCGUGCUCAAGGGCUAGCAAACUAAACUCUACGGAGUUAUUUAUUUGCGUGUUCAUACUAUAACGGCAUGGAAUGAAGUGAUGGGCUCGUGACGUGACUCGCCGAGUAUUUAACCCCACAAGUUUAAGAUUUUGAAAUGUUUAAAUUAGGUUUGAGCGUUACAUCUUAAUAGUGGUACUUUUUUUUUAUGUAUUUUCCAUACAAAAAGUUACUAACCUUGAGCGUCUUGUAUAGUUAUUUUGACCGACUUAUCAAUGUAAAACCUUCAAUAACUCCUUGUCCGUGUAUGAUUUUUUUUAAUGUAUCCGCGAUAGUCGUCGUUCAGAUUUGUCUAUGGUGGCCCUAUCAAUCACAUUACGUGAAUACUUGUAGGUUUAUAAAUUAAACACAACCGUUUUGUAUGAAGAUAAAAAACUGUGCCAGUACCAAGAUUUGUUUCAGUAUAGAUAAUGAACACCAGACCCUCUAGCACAACUUGCCUUGUCGCGUGCGAGUCCAUAUUUGAAGUCGCGCUUGAUGUAUGGACUCGCGCGCGACAAGGCAAGUUGUGCUAAAGGGUCUGAUAUGCAAUAUUGGUUCCCCGGGUAGGUAAUCUUAGUGGUUAGUCACCGUUUCCUCUCGUGCGACCCUGUUCCGAUGUUGAAUAACCCACAUAAUCAGUGUACUAUUUAUUCCGUCUCUUGUGAGUGCAGGCAGACAAAGAACCGAUAGCUAAAAUAUUUCGCUUCUGAACAUUAUGUGCUGGCAUCACUGAUUUUUUGUAAUUCCUAUCUUGCCCAAUAUAUAGAAGUUUGUUAAUUUAAAUUAUUUCAGAAAAUGUAAGUAUAAUUAAAUUUACUUAGAAACAAGUUUUAAUCGCGUCGGUUUUUUGUUUCGGCUGUACCUGCAUUCUGCAUUAGUGAUGAAGCAUUCAACUAGACACAACGAGACUAGAGUAUGUAUGGAUAGCGUAGUAUUUCAUGUGCGCGUAUGGAAGUCUACAAUUAAUGAACCAGCAGGAAAUAAAACUGUUUUGAUUUGU